AAUCACAGAAUGUUAAAGGGUUGGAAUGGAUCUUAAGGAACAUUCAGUUCCAGCCUCCUGCCAUGGACGGGGACGACUCCCACCAAACCAGGUUGCUCAAGACCUUGUCCAACCGGGACUUGAACGCUUCCAGGGAUGGGGCAUGUCCAGCCUCUCUAUGCAACCUGUGCCAGUGCCUCACUACCCUCACAGUAAAGAAAACUUUCCUAAUACCUACCCCAAAUUUCGUCUCUUUCAAUUAGUCUUCACAAUCAAAUUGUUCAAGUUAUCUAUUAUACUCGCCACAGCCGUAUUUUUUAUAGUACGAGUGUCUAAGAAACCGCAAGGAAAAGCGCCGAGAACACUCGGGAGAGCCGGACUCACCUGUUUCCCUCCCCUUCCCGCGGCCCGCCCCGCCCCGCCCCGGGGCCCCCCCGCCCCGGGCCCCGCCGUGACCCGCGGCCGCUCCCCCCCCGCCCGCACGUCCCCGGCGGGGCGGAGCUGCCGCCGCUGCUGUGAUGGCGUCGCGGGCGUUGCGGGCGGAGGCGCAGCCGCUGCGGUGCCAAUAGAGAGCGGAGCGGCCGGGCCAGGCAUGGAGAGCCUGGCGCAGCCCCCGCCGCCCCCGGGCUCGCUGCAGACGGGCGGCGGGGGCGCUGCCAGCCGGCUCCGCCUGGGAGAGGUGGCGGCGGGCGAGGGCGGCUGCAGGGAGGCCGAGGAGGGCGGCGGACGGCGCAGCCCUUCCCCUCCGCCGGCCCCCGCUCCCGCCGCGGCCCCUCAGUCCGCGUCCCCCUCCCAGGCCGCGGAGGGAGCUGCGGCGGCGGAAGGCGCGGGGCUGGCGGGGCCGGAGAGUCCCGGAGCGGCUCCCGCCUCGGAGAGCGGUCCCGCGGGAGCCGGCUCUGGGAGCAGCGGCGCUCCCAGCCCGCCGGGGGAGGAGUCCCGCAGCCUGGACUCGCUGGAGUCCUUCUCCAACCUGCACUCCUGCUGCCCGAGCAGCUCCGAGCUCAACAGCGACGCCGACGAGGCGGUGGUGGCGGGGGCCUCCUCGGGGGGCCCGGCCCCGGAGCCCGAAGGGGACAGGCCGGCGGCGGGCUCCCAGCUCCUCUCCGCUUCCAAGGAACGCUUCCCGGGCCAGUCGGUCUAUCACAUCAAGUGGGUCCGCUGGAAGGAGGAGAACACGCCCGUCAUCACCCAGAACGAGAACGGCCCCUGCCCGUUGCUGGCCAUCAUGAACGUGCUGCUCCUGGCCUGGAAGAUUAAACUGCCACCGAUGAUGGAAAUCAUAACGGCUGAACAGCUGAUGGAAUACUUAGGAGACUACAUUCUUGACGCAAAACCUAAAGAGAUAUCUGAAAUUCAGCGACUUAAUUAUGAGCAGAAUAUGAGUGAUGCAAUGGCAAUUCUGCAUAAGUUGCAGACAGGUCUGGAUGUCAACGUGAAGUUCACAGGUGUCCGAGUAUUUGAAUACACACCUGAAUGCAUAGUGUUUGAUCUGCUUGAUAUCCCCUUGUACCAUGGAUGGUUAGUGGACCCUCAGGUUGCUGACAUAGUAAAAGCAGUUGGUAACUGCAGUUACAAUCAGCUGGUGGAGAAGAUAAUUUCUUGUAAACAGUCAGAAAACAGUGAACUGGUUAGUGAAGGGUUUGUAGCUGAGCAGUUCCUAAAUAACACAGCUACACAAUUGACAUACCAUGGACUGUGUGAGUUGACUUCAGCUGUCCAGGAGGGAGAGCUUUGUGUGUUCUUCAGGAACAACCAUUUUAGCACCAUGACCAAAUACAAGGGUCAGCUUUACCUGCUGGUGACAGACCAGGGCUUUCUUACAGAAGAGAAGGUUGUGUGGGAAAGUUUACACAAUGUGGAUGGUGAUGGGAAUUUCUGUGACUCUGAAUUCCACCUGAGGCCUCCAUCAGACCCUGAAACUGUCUACAGAGGGCAGCAGGAUCAAAUAGAUCAGGAUUACCUGAUGGCAUUGUCACUACAACAAGAGCAGCAGAAUCAAGAGAUUAACUGGGAACAGAUCCCAGAAGGAAUCAGUGAUCUGGAGCUAGCAAAGAAGCUCCAGGAAGAGGAGGACAGGAGAGCUUCUCAGUACUAUCAGGAACAAGAACAAGCAGCUGCUCAGGUCCAGCAGGUACAAGGUGCUGCCUCUCCAGCCAGCACAAGACAAUCCGGGAGUAACGAACGCAAACGCAAAGAGCCUCGGGAGAAGGAGAGGGAGAAAGAGAAGAACAGCUGUGUUCUCUUGUAACAGAGCAUGGAUUCCAGCUGGAGCCAAGUGCAUGUCCUCAGAAGCAAAAACAAGGAGUCAAAAGGAAGACAAACCUGUUACAUGCCGCCUGUGCCUGAUUACCCCAUGGAUUUUGUUCACGUUCCAAGAGAGGAUGGAUGGCUUUGUACCAAUCAGACUUCCUUCAAAGUCAUAGCGCGAGCUGCUCACGAGGGAAUUCCAAACACAGUUGGAUGCGGCUGUGCUUUGAGUUAGUCAUAAGAAAUAUUGCACCUUGUAGCUGAACACACAACUCAUGGCAAGUCCUGUGUCAUAGUGACAUCCAUUACUCAUUCCAUCAGUUAGUAAGCUAUUUUAUCUUCUACUCUAAACAAAGGUAAUUCAUUUUGUGUAAGGCUUUUUCCUGAAGUCUGUACACGAGCACAAUGGAGUUCUGUGUUACUUCCUUAGUAUGAAACUAUAUCUUAGGCUGGGUAUAGUCUCCAUGACACAAGAGCCCAAAUAACAGCUGGGCACUGCCUCCUCAGUGUGUCCAGAUUUCUUUGCUUCUGGAUCUGGUAUGUUCUUUUUUUGAACCCAGAUUUAUACUUGUUACUGCUAUCACUGCAUCUCCUGGCCAGCUUUCUUGCCCCAAGAAUAUGUGACUUGAUAGGCAGCAUACAAAAAUUGUCAUGAAGAAAAUGGGGCAUUUAUUAAAAAGCAAGAUGAAUAUUGUUUGCUUUUCUUGCAACUACAAACUGGGUAUGGCAACUCAGAUGUUAUCAGGGUUAAACAAGUAAUUUUAUAGGUAACUUCUUUUUCUUUUAUUAUUUUUUUCUCUUGUAGGUAAACUGGACCAGAUAAGCUUUUAUUUAUUGACCUCUCCAUAUGAUAGAUGAAUGAUGAGAGGGAACUAAAGUCUAUAAUAAUCGUUAUUCUAUAUAAGAAUGCAGAGUUAAAAUAACUAACUAUCUGCCUUUUAUCCAGAAGUACCUUGAACUUCAACAUGACGUUAACAUGUCCACUUGUAUAUUUAAGCAAGUGUACUGUAGUUAAAAACACACUUUUUUGUUUGUUUUAUAAAUCAUGUAUUCUUAAAAAAGCACACUUCAGAAGUGGUGAGAGAGGAGUGAAGCUCCCUCUCUGAGAUGGUUUGAAAGGUGGUCAGGUGUAAUAUUUUGUUUUUUAAAUCACUAAUUUAGAAUUUUUGGAAACCAGACUUUUCUAAUUUAUGGGAACCAAAUAAACGGGUUGCAUCUUGUAGUAUUUAUAGAAUGCAGAAACAGAACACUUGAUGAAUUUUGAGGGAACCACAAAUCUUCCUCCACUUCCAUUAAAUCAAUAACAAUUAGUUCUUGCUGAACCUUUUGAUAAAAAUUUCUAUUUAGCAAUUUGUAGAUACUUUUGAAAAAGGCUGCUUCUACUGGACAAGUUCUGUAUCUGUGCUCUAAGCCUUAGUGUUCACACAGAAUAACCUGGGCAAGAGGUGGAACAUGACAUUCCUGCUUCCAGGUGUUUGGAGAAUGUCUGCAAAAGUGGGUGUCUAACACAAGUCCACUGGUAAAAAGCCACUUCACAAUUAUUUCAAGCUGCACUGGCUGCACUGCUGGCAACCAGUCCUCACACACAUCUGCUACCAACCUAGAAUGAAAAUGAGAUAAAGGAAGAAUGUCUUACCAACUAAAGGGCCAAUUUGUAUCACUUUUCUUCCAUGCCUUUUCCUCCUUUGUUUUUCUUCCACUUUUGUUACGAUUUCCCUUUUAUAAUGAUGAAGUAAUGAACAGUAGGAGGUCUCUAAUAUGUAAACUGUAAAUUUAAAAAUUAUCUUCUCUAGAAAAGUCAUGCCCAGAGAAGUAAUUUUAAUACUUAAUGUAUGCAGUUCAGAUAAUUUUGUAUGUCAAAGCAAAGGUUGAUGUCUUUUUUUCCUUUGCAGCAGCCUAACUUCAAAAAUUAAUGUGAUGGAGGAUCACCAACAUAAUGACUUAGCUACUUUAAGUAGAUGAGAAAAUAUUCCAAUAGUGUCAAUAACAGAGACUUUAAGCCAGAAUGUUGUUUAAAAACAUUCUGUUACUAAGAUUUUUCCAAAUUUUGUGUAUUUACAUUUAUUUAUUGACCUUGAAAAAUAAAUAUGUCAAGCUAAGUGUUUGUUAUUAUUUUCAGUGACAGUAUUGCCACUUUAACUCCUUUGGAAGGAAUCUAGCUGUUGUGGCUAUGGAGUUUAUCUCUUUGCCUAAGAUACUUGUUCAUAUUAGAAGAAUUCAUGUAACAUUAUCAGAUUCAGACAGAUGUGCCUGAAACUUAAUAUACUGUAGUUAGAGGAAUUAUGGUCAUUUGGUCACAGAGGAAGAAGAGUUAAAUGCAAUGCUCAUCAUGAAGUUGUAACUCCCAGAUAUUUCAGUUUCUUUCAGUAGAGGAGUAAAGGUUUCAGGGUAUUUGAGAUGGAAGGCAUGCUAUGAAAACAGUCCUCUGUUAAUAUCCUUUUUUCUUUACAGGUCUUGAAGCUUUGGAAAAAAGGUAAAGAAUUCCUGAAAUCUAGGGCUGCAUGAGUUGAACUUGUUAGUGGCAAAAGUUAUAAGCAGUUGAGCUUCCUAAUGCCCAAAAUGAAAUUCACCUGGAAGCUUAAUUUAUGCCCUACUGGGAGUAACCAUUCCAAAAGCACCUGUCACAGUUGGUACCUCUGACAGUAUCUGAGGAUCAAAAAACCUGAACAGAAUUGCUUUGAUCUAUAUGAAGUGAGCUUGGAAAACAAUAUUGCACAAUUUAGUCUUGGAGUACCAGGAAGACAAUAUCUACUUCUGUUUACUUCAUUUGCCUUUUUUUUUCUUUUUUUUUUUUUUUCCUCCAGCUCAUGUUCUGGCAAAGGGUAUAGAUUUAUACUUUAAAUCUAUUUAUACAGUUUAGCAUGUACAUGCUCCAAAUACCUACAUAAUAUAUAUGAAAGUGUCCAGAAAAGUAGAGUAGAACUUGUUUUCCACUAGAUAAAUGCUAGCACAGAAAACAGAAUCAUAGAAUUUUUGUUGUUGCAUUAUAGUUGUGACAUAAAAAAAGCUACAUACAAGUAUUCUUAAGAUUAGCAAAAAACAGAGCACUGCCGUAGAGAUAAAUGUUUUCUAUAAGGCACUUUGUAAAUGCUCAACUCCACCAGUUUUCUUGUGACACUCGUGGAAUCUGCAAGCCAGCAAAGCGGAUCCAGAGGGUGUUAACACCAGAGAAUGAAAUUAGCAUUCCUGAAAAUUCACUUAAACACAAUGCAAAAACUACAUUUUGUUAGCUGUCCAUGUUGUUCAUAGAGGAAAUGAAGUGUUCAGAGUUUCUGUGCAGAGCUGCUCUGUGGCUCCCAGGAGGUCACACGAGCUCCAGGGGAGGCACAGGCGCUGCUGGCAUUGCCAGGCAGGCUCUGAUUCACUUGGUAUGUCACAUUAUUGUCAUGUUUCUUCAAACUUGUACACACAAGCUCUUGGAAAAAAGUUUCCAGUAUGUAAUAAAAGGCAGUUUUGAGUUCUUGAAA